UAUGCCUUAGAAAGAUCCAAAUGCUAAAUAUAUUAUAUGAUGAUCGGAGGCUAACUAUAUGAAAUCUUAAUAUUUUAUUUACUUUUUUUUGUUUGAGGUUUUUCAAAGGCAUUCAUUAGUAUCAAACAGUUUUCUUUUUCUUUUUGCAGGUUGAAAGAUGAUGGAGAAGGAAUCAGGGAGGCUGGUGAAUUGUGCAACUUUACCUAUCUGUUUAGUGUUAAUCAGUCUGGUUUAUGCUACGUUUUUUCAUUCUAAUGACACCAUUCUUGAAUCAUGGGGCAAUCUCAGCAGUGAAAAGAUCAAUAUUGAUGCAGUUGACCCUCAAGAAUUUCUAUUAAGGAGGCUUGUUAGAGGAGAUGAUCGAGUUCAAUUAGACUCCAAUGGAUUUUCAUGCCGCGCGGAUGUUCAUACACAAGUAUGCGUUGCAAAUAAACCAGUAAGGAUUUACUACAAAGGGUUGACAGUUUAUGUGCCAUCUGAUUCUGACCAACCUCAAGUUAAGAGAAUUGUUAAGCCUUACGCAAGGCUGGAAGAUGAAACCGCCAUGAAACGUGUUUCCCCAGUUCAGAUACUGCAUGGGAAAAACACCAUUGAUCCACCAGCCUGCAAUUUCACCCACAAUGUCACAGCUGUUGUCUUCUCUUCCAAAGGCUUCACAGGCAAUGUUUUUCAUGAGUUUAAUGAGAUUAUCAUCCCUUUAUUCAUCACUACUCGCCAUUUCCGAUCCAGAGUACGGUUUGUAAUCACAGAUUUCGAGCUUUGGUGGGUUCAGAAGUACAACAGAUGUCUAUCUCACUUGUCCGCUUAUGAGGUUAUAAAUCCUGGAACAGAUGAUGGAAGCGUUCAUUGUUUUCCAGGGGCUGUUAUAGGGCUUACAUACCAUGACAAUCUAGCCCUCAACUCUACUGAUAUUCCAGGAGGUUAUUCCAUGUUUGAUUUCAAGCAGUUCUUGAAAGAAUCAUACAAUCUGAAAAUAAACCAUGUGUCUGAGAUACAAAAGCCAAUGCUGAUGCUUAUAUCACGCCGUAAAACGAGACGGUUUUUGAACGAAGAUAAAAUGGUGGAGAUGAUAAUGGAACUAGGCUUUCAAAUCACAAGGGUGGAACCGGAGUGGAUGUACAACUUGGACGAGUUUGCUGAGGUGGUGAACUCUUGUAGUGUGAUGCUUGGAGCCCAUGGUGCUGGGCUAACAAAUGAGAUAUUUUUGCCCACUGGAGCAGUGAUGGUUCAAGUGGUGCCACUGCAAAAUGAAUGGGUGGCAACCACCUACUACGGUGGACCAGCAAAGGAAAUGGGUGUCCGAUAUUUAGAGUACAAGAUUGAACCAGAAGAAAGUUCGUUGUUCGACACUUAUGGUAAAGAUCACCCUGUGUUUACUGAUCCAAAAUCUAUAAUCUCUAAAGGAUACAAUGCAUUCAGGUCUGUGUAUUUAGAUCAAGACCUAAAGAUCAAUUUAGAGAGAUUUAAGAAGACCCUUAUUGAAGCUAAGCAAAUUGUUGAAAGCUCAACUCCCAUUAAUUGAUGAAUGUAAAUUCAAUCAAGAUACAGCAAGAGAUUUAGCUUAUAUAAUUCAUUUUAUUUCACAAGACUGCCAAUAAAAGCAAUGAAAAUUGGCUUAAAUGUAGCACAAUUCUUCAUCA